UUGUGCAAUACAGACUGCUGCAGAGGUAAACAACCAAAGGUGAGGUUGAGCGAAAUAGAAAAAAAAUCAAUCUCGCUUGAGAGAUAAUUUUCUGCUUUCUUCUUCAAUUGUUUUGAUCGGUUUUCUUCUUCUCUUCUCCCUCCCUCCUCUCUAAUUCCCGCUUCUUGGUCUCCCUUUCUGUCAUCGUCUGUCUUUCAAAAUUUGUUUUUGGGUUUGUUUUUUUUUUUGUUGGGAUUUUGCGCAGGAAAAAAAAGCAAACUUUGAAUGGUUUUUGGAAGUCGGGUGGUUCAGAAUAGAGAUCCAGGUUUUCCUUCUUUUUUUUAGUCAAAUUCUUUUAUGUUAGCUUAGAUCUGCUUUUUCUUUUCGUUUCAUCAACCAAGAGGGUUGUUUUUCUGUCCCUCCUGUUGAUUUUCUUAGUUCUAGAGGUUUUCUUUUGCUUAAACCUCUUUGAUCUUUUUUUUACAAAACUUUUACCUGGUUCUUUAGUUUUGGUAAGAAGCAGGUUGCUUUUAGAAUCUUUUGCAAAUUUUCUCCUCUUGUUUACCUUUUUUUUUCUAAUAUACAAAUUUCCAUUUUCAUCAUCGUUAAGAAGGCAUGGCAGCAGCUAUAGAUAUUUGCAGUAGCAGUGGCCCUGUUUUUUCAGAUCCCAUUAGGGAGGAGCUCAUGAAAGCACUGGAACCUUUUAUCAAAGGUGCUUCACCAAGCUCCUCUGAAAUCCCUUCUACACCUUCAACCUCUUAUCCAUCUUCAUCUUCUUCAUUUUCUUAUUAUUCUCCUUCUCCUUCUCCUUCUCCUUCUCCUCCUCCUCCUUCUUCUUCUUCUUGUGCCCCCUUCUCUUACCCUAUGUGCUAUUUCCCUUCUUCAAUCCCUUCCUACACCAGUCCAGACUCGAGUUUUUGCUCAACAUCGACAACCCAUAUGUUUUCUCAAGGGUUCUCGAGCCAUGACCUACUGGGUCUUGAGCAUUCGAGUUCAAUCGGGCUUAACCAGCUUAGCCUAUCUCAGAUCCAGCAAAUCCAAGCCCAGGUCCAGAUCCAACAACAACAGCAGCAGCGGAUGGCUGCCUUGGCAGCAGUCUCCAUUCAGAACCAGAAUUCAAGCACAAGGCAAUGGCAGCAGCAACAACAUCAGCAAAAUACCCUGAAUUUCCUCGGUCCAAGAACCAUCCCGAUGAAGCAUGUGGGCUCUCCAAGUCCACCAAAGCCCACCAAGCUUUAUAGAGGGGUAAGACAACGGCAUUGGGGGAAGUGGGUUGCUGAGAUCCGUCUGCCGAAGAACCGCACCCGGCUUUGGCUGGGCACCUUCGAUACCGCCGAGGAAGCGGCUUUGGCUUAUGAUAAGGCCGCUUACAAGCUGAGGGGAGAGUUUGCAAGGCUGAACUUUCCAAACCUCCGGCACCAAGGAGCUUACGUCGGAGGGGAAUUCGGCGAUUACAAGCCUCUCCAAUCCUCCGUGGAUGCGAAGCUUCAAGCGAUUUGUCAAAGCUUGGCCAAUUCGCAGAAACAGGGGAGCUUGGGUAAGCCCGUGGUCGUUGCUGACACCAAAAAGACGACGGCCGGGCAAACGCAGGCAGGUUCGACCGUGUCACCGGCUCAGCCGCAGCGGAAAACUGUUUCGGUGGAUUCUUCUCAAGGCGAAUCGGGGUUUCCGGGAUUGGAGGAUUGCAAGGUGGAGAACUCCUUGUCGCCAUGUUUAACAGAGAGCGAUGAGUCUGCAGGGUCUUCACCUGAGUCCGAUAUCAAGUUUCCGGAUUUCACAGAGCCGCCAUGGGAUGAGUGGGAGAGCUUUCAGUUGCAGAAAUUCCCUUCGUUGGAGAUCGACUGGGAAUCUAUCCUGGCUUAAAUUAAUGUGUCGUAGGCCUGUUUAAUUUCAGUUUCUAGAUGGUUCUUUUUUAACUUUUGAAUUUUUUUUUUUUUUUUUUUGGGGGGGGGGGUGCGUUAAAUUGGUACAUCAAAUAGGCAGUAUAGCCACUGCAAUGGGUUUUUAGCAAAAGCAGGGGCUACUGGUUAGUGGUUAGGAUAAAUGAAUCAGCAGCAGGUUUAAUUAAGAAGUAGUGGAGAUUAGUGUCAGUGUAAGAGUUGUUAUGUAUGUAAUAUUGUGUGUAAUGUCUCUCCCCGCCCAUCUGGUCUGCUGGUUUUUUAGUAUUGAAGAAAUAAGGGAACAAGUGAGAUUCUCUUAUUCUUGUGUAGUACUAUAAUCUGUGAUCUUUGUAAUUUGUAUGUAUGUUAUUGUAGUAAAUUUGUAAUUUGUAUG